UAGCAAACAGUUUCUAGUUGAUUUGUGGAUCGCCUAAUAAGCUACAGAUACAAAAUGGAAAAAGAUUAUUUCCAGCUAAUGAAAUAGAAAAAAAAAGUCAAAAUGUUUGGUUUUAAACGUUCAUCUGUGCAGUUAUUAGUGAUUUUGUCCUGGUGUUUGCAAGAGUGGACGUUUAAUAAUGUUGUAUUAUGGUAUAUAUUCGCGUGCGGGGUUUGGAUGUCUGGAUUUUUGUGUUUGCUGACAUAUGACCGUGACUAUUGGUCGGAUAGGGGGGUUUUUUCACCCCCCGCGUGGCCUCUUGUCGGCCACAUAUUAUCUGUGGUCCUCUUUAGGGAGCAGGGAGGAAUCUGCUUCCUUAAGAUCUAUAAUAAAUAUAGACAUCUCAGGAUUUUGGGCACCUACCAGUUUUUCCAACGAACCCUGGUUAUCCUGGACCCGGCCCUCAUCAGACGGGUGUGCGUGACCGACUUCUCGCACUUCGUAGAUCGUGGCUUCUUCUUCAAUGAGGAAGUGGAUCCCCUUGCGGGGUCUGUGCUGUUUCUACGAGGACAGGAAUGGCGCCGGCUGAGGGCCAAGAUAUCCCCUAUAUUCUCGCCAAACAAACUAAAAGGCAUGUUCCCAAUAAUAGAGAACACGGCUCAAGAAUUCAUCAAGCGUGUCACAACGCUGCACUCUAACUCCGUGGUAGACUCGGAGCGACUCCUAGGCGGCUAUACGGCAGACGCCAUAGUGCCCUGUGCGUUCGGCGUCAAGAGUCAUGUCAUGGACGACCAGAAGGACCCAUUUGCAGUGGCGUUACAUGCGUUUUAUGAGAUGACGCCGUUCAAUCUGUUUGAGAAGACAAUGAGGCAGUUCUGGCCCGCGUUCUGCAUGUUCUUCAGACUGAAGAUUAUUCCACAGAAGACGCACGACUUCUUCUACAACAUAGUCACUAGCGUAUUGAGGGACCGAGAGAAUGGCGUGCCGGAUAAGCGGGGUGACUUCAUCGACAUGAUGAUGGCUCUUCGGUACGACGACAAAAACAACAACCGGGCGGAUAAGGAUGAAGAUCACGUAGAAAUCACGGACAUGGUCAUAUCAGCCAACGCCUUCAUAAUAUUCCUCGGCGGUUUCGAAACCACGUCUGCGACCCUCGCCUUUCUGCUCUUGGAGUUGGCUGCCCAUCCAGAUGUCCAGGAGAAGCUGAGACAGGAGAUACUGCAAGUGGUGGGAGAGAGGGAGAUGACGUAUGAUAUGCUGCAGGAACUGACGUAUAUGGAUAUGGUUAUACAAGAGACGCUGAGACUGUACCCGCCCUUCCCUAACAUCCAGCGGAUGUGUACCAGAGACUACGUCAUCCCAGAAACUGGGAACAUCAUCGAGAAGGGCACAGUGGUGCUGUUUCCCACACUUGCCAUACAGAGGGAUGAGCAGUUCUUCGACUCAGCCGGCUCAUUUAAUCCAGAGCGGUGGAGCGGCCCGGCGCCGCCGCCAGGCGUCUACAUGCCGUUUGGUGACGGACCUCGCGUCUGCAUUGGUAAAAGAUUCGCGAUGAUCCAGAUGAAGUGCUGCAUCGCGCGCCUGCUGCGUGUCGUGCGCGUGUCGCCCGCGCCCCGCGCCCCGCCGCGCGCGCAGCCCUUCCGCCCCGACCCGCGCUCGCCGCUCGCGCUGCACCCCGGCGACUCCACGGUCACCAUCAGCCGCGUGACCUCGUCAUAGCGCCGCCGCCGUUGAGCGUGGAUCGCGUGUCGCUAGUGUGUCGGUGUCGCCGACGUAUCACCCAUGCAUAUACCGCACGCUGCUCUUCCACUCUUUAUACUGCUCCCCGACGACUCGGAGACCAUGCUCUGCACUCUGCAUUACCAUAAGCCUGUGAUGUGCAUGAUAGUGUUGUCCCUGUGUCGAAGUCUUUUCAUUCCGACUCGGUGACUCCAUAUUAUAGUCAUCUCAUCAUGAUGAUUUGAAAAGCUCGAAUCCGAUUACACUGAAAAUAUUUGUGACCUAAACCAAUGAGUAUUUUAAUUUUAACGCAUUUAUAUUAGAUUAUUUUAAACCGGGUCACUCACGUAUUAUUAAGUCGAAUAGCUCGACAUGUUUCGGUCCAAUUUACGAGGACCGUCUUCACGGAGACACGACACGUCUUCACUGGUCGAGGGCGCGGCGUGUACUGCGGGCCAAAGCCCGACUCGCCCGGCCGCUCACGACGGACGGCGUCGGCGGUGCCGGCGACGUCACCGUUGCGAGGAUGGCUCUACCCUCCGUAUUGCGUUUGUCAAAUGUCGGAUCGCACACAACACUCUGAGUCACUUGCUAAAGGCCGGUCCACACUGACCGCCGACGCAGUACCCAAAACAGUUUUCCAACUAGGCGGCACCGACCAACCACUGUCACGAUUGAAAUUCGGAUAACGACUGAUCUCAAUAGCUUCCCGUAUUUUUCGUUGAACGAAGAACUUUGCUCGCGCCAGAACGGUUACCCUAUCAAACCUAAUAUAGUGCGUCGCGUCCGAAUCCAGUACGUGUUCUGUCACUGCGGAGCUUUGGCCGUCCCGGUUUUUCAUACUGCGUAUGUGCUCAGAAAGUCUCGUCGAAAUGUUCCGGCCGGUCUCCCCAAUAUAAUACUUCCCACAGGAGCACGGAAUCCUGUACACCCCAGGAAUAUUUAAGGGCUCCUCCACAAACAUGUCGAACUAUUUGAGUGACCCGGUUUAAAAUAAUCUAAUAUGUUUGAGUCCCACGGGAGUUUUAUAGUUAAAAUUUAACGCAAUUGUUUAGUACAUAUGUAUAAGAUAAGAACUUACUAUUAUCAUUAUUAUUUACUUUACUCUAAGUAGUAUCACAUAUUAUAUCUAAGUACUACUUAGUAAGUAGUAUAUAAUGAAAUAAAGAAUCAUCUGUGUUUCAACUUCCUUGUUUUAGUAAAAAAUAAUACAUUACGAGUAUACGAGCAAAAAGUGUCAAUCGGAUUAUCAUACUAAUACAGCAUAAGUUCGAUAAUUACUUUAUAAUAAAAAAAAACCUCAAAGCGUUCUCCCGUAAUAAUCCAAAUGCUUAUAAAAAACUUAUUUAAGGAUAGUACAGUCAAAUACAUAAUUUAAUUUCCGUACCAUUUCGUACUUUGUCACAGUGACAAUCAAUAUGACUAAAAAGUUGCGUUUUUCACUUGUUUAUCGACUCAUAAUUUUUCACCUCAGCAGCUCGAACAAGCCUACUUUCGUCACUCCCUGGAGUGAGGAAAGUGCGACUUUCUUCACUCCAGGGUGAAACAAAGUAGCUUUUUAAUUUAGUGAAGGCCAUGAACUGCCACUUCAUAUCUCUUACAAAUUGAAAUACAUUUUAACCUAAAGGUGACCAACGUUCAAGACUAGAAACGGAUUACUUUUACGACCGUAACCGCCAGAAGCGCUUUUUGCACACACAAAUAUACCUACCUACUUUAAUAUUUGAGUUGCAUACAAACGUAGAUUGUCAAAAUGUUUAUAGUCAAUGGAGAAAUUGGAGAGUAACUAGAGUUAGACCAAAAUAAGUCUGCAAUGAUUGUGAUAGCACACGCAGUGCAAUUGUUAUGUAUACGUCCUAAUUUCAUAGAAGUUUGACGUUUAAAAUAACACUAGCACUGCGUGUGCUAUUAAGAUCGUUGCAUAAGUACUUAUUUUGGUCUAAGGCUCUAGUCAUGUUUGCCAUGGUAGAAAAUUUUGUUAAGAAAAUGUUAACAAAAGGAAACGAAUGUCGGAUAAAUAAAAAUCUGUUGAGGAGCUACAACGUCACAGACAUGCAUAC